AGAAGAAGAAGAAGAAGAAGAAGAAGAAGAAGAAGAAGCCACACGUUUAGCGGAUCAGCUGUUUGCAGGUGACAGCUGCAGAAGAAGUGAAGAUCAGUGCGAAACACUGAUACACUGAAACGAGGCUGCGGUGGAACCCACUGAUCGGAGAACCAUGUCUGAGUUGUCGGGGAAAGUCCAGUCUGUCCUGGGCCUGCUGGACCCGGAGCAGCUGGGCCGCACCAUGACCCACGAGCACCUGACCAUGACCUUCGGCUGCUGCUACUUCCCUCCCCCCCCGGGCGACGAGGCGGUGGCGGAGAACCCGUUCCAGAUGCAGCACAUGCACUGGCUGAGGCAGAACCCCUACAGCUGCCACGAGAACCUGCUCCUGAUGCAGGAGACCGCCGCCGUGCGGGAAGAGCUGCUGGCUUACAGGAAGGCCGGGGGGGGCACCAUAGUGGAGAACACCACCACGGGCAUCGACCGGGACCUGCCCACCCUCCGGCAGCUGGCCAGAGACACCGGGGUGCACGUCAUUGCGGGAGCGGGGUUCUACGUCGACUGCACCCACUCCGAGGCCACGAGGAACCUGAGCGUGGAGAAGCUCACGGACAUCAUCGUGGGGGAGGUGCUUCACGGCGCCGACGGGACGGACAUCCGCUGCGGUGUGAUCGGAGAGAUCGGCACCGGCUGGCCAAUCACCGAGAGCGAGAAGAAGGUGCUGAUGGCCACGGCUCACGCUCAGGCUCAGCUCGGCUGCCCGGUCAUCAUUCAUCCCGGCAGAAAUCCCGCCGCCCCGGCUGAAGUCGUCCGGAUUCUGCAGGAGGCCGGCGGAGACAUCGGCAAAACUGUCAUGUCUCACCUGGACAGGACUAUAUUUGAUGAGGGUGAACUGCUGGAGUUCGCUAAACUGGGGAGUUACCUGGAGUACGAUCUGUUUGGAACGGAGAUGCUGAACUACCCGUACGACCUGGAGCUGGACAUGCCCAGCGACAGUCAGAGGGUGAAGACCUUGGCGUUCCUGGUGAAGGAGGGCUACGAGGACAAGAUCUUGAUCGCUCACGACAUCCACACCAAGAACCGCCUGACCAAGUACGGCGGCCACGGCUACUCUCACAUCCUGAACAACAUCGUGCCGAAGAUGCUGCGGAGGUGCAUCUCGCAGCAGCAGGUGGACAAGAUUCUCAUCGGCAACCCCAAACGCUGGCUGACCUUCAAAUAAAGCGCCAAUCAAAAGAAGAGACGCGAGACAGGAGUUUUCAUGUAGCGAUUAUUUUAUCUCCCGAUGAUGGCCGCACACCCCAAAAUUGAAUAUUUGCAACAUAACUCUGCAAUAAUCACAGUUCAAAGAUACUCCUAAAUGUGACUUUGAGCCCAAACCAAUAAAUUCACAGUUCAUUUGUCUUUAAUGUUCACGUUUCCAAAUUUCCCAGCAAAGCAAAAUGUUUCAUCGCUUUGUAAAAGAUCAUUAAAGGGACUCUUACCUUUGUUGCAUUUGAGAAUUACAGCACAUUCAAAUCAUCCCGCCUUCCUCCAAUGCCCCACCCCCUCGUUCCCAUCCGCGGUGUUUUUUUGAAGAAACUUUAUUUACAAGCAGACUUACAAUUACUGCCUCCGCACACGCACGUGAGUUUUUGUUUACCAAAGCAAUGGAUUCGGUAAGUUAUAUACAUUUACAUUCACAUGCCUUGAUGACGCGGGCCCGAAUGCGCCACAAGAAGCAGACGGAAAACCUGCAUGUCCAUGCAGCAAACAGACAGGUCUGUCGGCCAAUAAGGUCCUUCGGUCCGAAGAAUUUUAUUGGUUGAAGUUUUCACUAAAUAUUAUGAGAGUGAAAUAAUUGUUUGUUUUUACUCCUGGUGGGUCUGUCUUGCAUUUUAGAGUGUCAUUACCUUAUUAAUACCAAUUUAACCUUAUCCAAAAAAAGUGUAAAAAUGCAACAAAGGUAAGAGUCCCUUUUAAAGGCUGUUGUUUUAACUUUUUAUAGACACGCUUAUUAAGCAGAACUUCAUUUUAUAUUGUGAUUAUACAUUAUUCACUUUCUAAGCAAAUUGAAUAUCGGAGCCUUGCAAGGAUCACAGUGCUUCUAAUUAGCAGCGUUAUGUUUUGGUCCCAUCGAUGCAGUUGUUUUUUUUCUUGUCUGCAGGAAUGUGAAUUCAAUCUAAGACACAUUUUCUCUAUUUUUCUGGAGGUAUUUUUCGACGGGCGCUGCUCACACACACGGUGCUAAUUCAUCUCUUGCUUUUCAAUGACGGCGCCGUAGCUGCUUUCUUUGUAUUUGUUAGUGACAUUUCUGCAAACACGCUUUACGGGAGGUAAAUAAUGAGCGCGUCGGUAAUCAGUAUGCUGCUCGGCUCUCGACACAAUGUGCCUCGUGUUAGAUGAGUUGUCCUGUCGCCCCUCAGUGGGUGUCUGGCUGUCUACGGGAGGCUGGCUGUCUGGCAGGGCCCAGAUGAAGGACAUGUUCUCCUCUCACCUGGAAACAGGUGGCCUCGCAGGGUGACUUCGCCACAUGAUCAAUGGCGUGAUCGCAACAGCUGACUGUGCACGGCGGAAAAAAAAACCCUGUGUAACUUUUGAUUAAUCUUCCGAGAGGGAUUACAAAGUGAGCCGGAGGAUUUCAUUUUACAAUACAUUUAACAUCGUGGCCGACAGUGUUAUCUGGAGGAGCUUGACAAUCCGCGGGCAGAUCGAUGAAUGUUGUUGAGCCGGAGGAAACGUUUCUGUCCGAGCGACUGUCCAGUUUUUGUGAUGGUGACUAACUACCAGAACUCCCCCGUCGCCCCAACCAGCUGUCACAUUGAGACAGACAAGAAAAAUGAGUGGCGCUGAUUAUUUUUUGAGAACAGUGCUUCAAUGUGAACAUCAGAAAGGCCCGUUACAGAUUUCAACUUCUCCAAGUGUGCCAAUGCUGCUGAAGAGUUUCAAAUGUUAAAUCGUUAUAUUCAUGCAUCACUACAGCUUUAGACAUUUUCACCCAAAAUGCAACAACUAUCACAUAUUUGUUUUUUGAAAGAAUAAAGCACACACGUGGGACUAACAA